CCUCCUUCUCCUCCACUACCUCUCUUUUCAUCUCUCUCAUCCCUUCACUCCUUGUUGUCGUCGCUCAUCCCACUCGCCGCCUCCACUGCCGUCACACUCGGCCAAAGACGUUUCUUGUCCUGCAGAACGCUGUUCCGUCGGACCGCGUCUUGCAGUGAACAAGCGCGCGCGCCAAAGUAGCUACUAAAAGCUACCCCGCACUGCGCGCAAGCACCACAGCAGCAGCAACCAUAGCAGCAGCGUCGAGAACGCAACCGCGUAACCGCCUUCUCCCAGCGCCUCGCACAAAGCCCAGCGCGCACAAACACGCCGCCUUGCAAGAAUGGUCGCCGACGAGCAGAAGGGACCUCGUGUCCAUGAGGCGCACGAGGUGGACACAUUCCAUCCUCCCCAAAAGAUGCUGGAGAAGCACCCAAGCAAGCCCCACCUUGCCAACCUCGAAGAGUACCAGAAGCUAUACAAGGAGUCCAUUACCGAGCCCACCAAGUUCUGGGCCACCCAGGCCCGUGACCUGCUCACCUGGUACCGCGACUUCGAGACCGUCUCCAGCGGGUCCCUCGACGACGGCGAUGUCAAGUGGUUUGUCGAAGGCCAACUCAAUGCCUCGUACAACUGCAUUGACCGCCAUGCCUUCAAGGACCCCGACCGCGUCGCCAUCAUCUAUGAGGCCGACGAGGCCGAGGAUGGCCGCAACGUCACGUAUGGCGAGCUCUUGCGCCAGGUUUCCAAGACGGCCUGGACUUUGAAGCAGAUGGGCGUCCGCAAGGGUGACACCGUCGCCAUCUACCUGCCCAUGAUCCCCGAGGCCAUCGUCGCCAUCCUGGCUUGCGUCCGCAUCGGCGCCGUCCACUCCGUCGUCUUCGCCGGCUUCUCCGCCGACUCCUUGCGCGACCGCGUCAUUGAUGCCAAGUCCAAGGUGGUCAUCACCACCGACGAGGGCAAGCGUGGCGGCAAGUUGAUCGGCACCAAGAAGAUUGUCGAUGACGCUCUGAAGCAGUGCCCGGGUGUCACCGGCGUCCUGGUCUACAAGCGCACCGGCGCCGACGUGCCCAUGCAGGCCGGCCGUGAUCUGUGGUGGCACGAGGAAGUUGAGAAGUGGCCCAGCUACAUCGCCCCCGAGGUCAUGAACUCUGAGGAUCCCCUGUUCCUCCUCUACACGUCUGGCUCCACUGGCAAGCCCAAGGGUGUCAUGCACACAACCGCCGGCUAUCUGCUUGGUGCCGCCAUAACCGGCAAGUACGUCUUUGACAUCCACGACGGCGACCGCUACUUCUGCGGUGGCGAUGUCGGCUGGAUCACGGGCCACACGUACGUCGUCUACGCCCCUCUGCUGCUCGGCGUCUCGACUGUUGUCUUCGAGGGCACCCCCGCCUACCCCAACUUCUCGCGGUACUGGGACAUCAUCGACAAGCACAAGGUCACCCAGUUCUACGUCGCCCCGACCGCCCUUCGCCUGCUCAAGCGUGCCGGCGACGAGCACGUCAAGGGUGAGAUGAAGCACCUCCGAGUCCUAGGCUCCGUCGGCGAGCCCAUCGCUGCCGAGGUCUGGAAGUGGUACUUUGAGAUUGUUGGAAAGGAGGAGUCACACAUUGUUGAUACUUACUGGCAGACGGAGACGGGCUCCAACGUCAUUACCCCCCUGGCUGGCAUCACCCCGACCAAGCCUGGUUCCGCUUCGUUGCCUUUCUUUGGCAUCGAGCCUGCUAUCAUCGAUCCCGUCUCGGGCGAAGAGAUCCACGGCAACGACGUCGACGGCGUGCUCGCGUUCAAGCAACCUUGGCCCAGCAUGGCUCGCACCGUGUACGGCGCCCACAAGCGGUAUAUGGACACCUACUUGAAUGUGUACAAGGGCUACUAUUUCACCGGUGAUGGUGCCGGCCGCGAUCACGAGGGAUUCUACUGGAUUCGUGGGCGUGUUGACGAUGUCGUCAACGUCAGCGGUCACCGUCUGUCGACGGCUGAGAUCGAGGCUGCUCUGAUUGAGCACCACGCUGUGGCUGAGGCUGCUGUGGUGGGUGUCGCCGACGAGCUGACCGGCCAGGCCGUCAAUGCGUUCGUAGCGGUCAAGGAUGGCAACGAGAUCAACGAUGCGCUGCGCAAGGAGUUCAUCAUGCAGGUGCGGAAGAGCAUCGGACCCUUUGCCGCUCCCAAGGCCAUCUACGUCGUGCCCGAUCUGCCCAAGACGCGAAGUGGCAAGAUUAUGCGCCGUAUCCUGAGAAAGGUGCUGGCGGGCGAGGAGGACCAGCUCGGCGACAUCACAACGCUCUCGGACCCCAGCAUUGUCGACAAGAUCAUCAAGACGGUCCAUGAGGCCCGAGGAAAAUGAAAAGCAAGACCCUGACGGACUGACCCGGGUUGUUUUGACGAGCUGAUACCAUUAUUGUGAUUACUUACGACCAACUGACGAGGCGCGCUGUUGAUAUACGGAAAUGAAAGCAAAAUCAGCCUCGGGCUUUUGGAUAGGCAUGGACAUGCAUUGCAUGAUUCAUGUGAGUUGUUGGUCUUGUGGGUUACACGUGGGCUGGUGUGGUGGCGCUGGACGACGCGCAACGGGAGUGCUGAGCAGCCAGCGACGGAUUCUAUGUAGUAGGUGAAUAGCACGGUACUGUAGCUACUGUCCAGCUCUCAGAAUUGACGAAGC